GGGGGCGGUCACGUGAGCGCCGGGCGGAAGAGCCCGCGAUGGCCGGGGGGUGCCGCUGAGACCGGGAGCGGCGCGCGGCAGGCACGAUGUCCAGCCGCAGGCUGCGCAGCGAGGACUACAAUGACUACAGCUCCACGGAUGUGACGCCCGAGGGGAGCCCCUCCAACGGCCCCAAUAGCUGCGCCGGCUCCUCGACCUACCAGCGCUUCGGGGAGACCAAUGGCACAACAUCGUUCCAAACCUUGAUCCACGUGCUGAAGGGGAACAUUGGCACAGGGCUGCUGGGGCUGCCCCUGGCUAUAAAGAAUGCCGGCGUUGUGAUGGGUCCCGUGAGCCUGCUUGUGAUAGGAAUCAUCGCUGUCCAUUGCAUGCGCAUCCUGGUGAAGUGCGCCCACCACUUCUGCCGCAAGCUGCAGAAGCCUUUUGUUGACUACGGGGAUGCUGUGAUGUACGGGCUGGAAGCUUCCCCUGUUGCGUGGCUUCGGACCCACUCCAUCUGGGGCAGGCACCUUGUGAGCUUCUUCUUGAUCGUCACCCAGCUGGGCUUCUGCUGCGUGUACUUCGUGUUCCUGGCUGACAAUCUGAAACAGGUGAUCUCGGCUGCCAACGGCACCACCAAUGACUGCCACUCCAAUGAAACCGUGGUGCUGACACCCACCAUGGACUCCCGCCUGUACAUCCUGUCCUUGCUGCCCUUCAUUGUGCUCCUGGUCUUCAUCCGCAACCUCAAGUUCCUCUCCAUCUUCUCUUUGCUGGCCAACAUAGCCAUGCUGGUCAGCCUCGUCAUGAUCUAUCAGUACAUCGUCCAGGGCAUUCCAGAUCCUGGCCGCCUGCCCUUGGUCUCUGGCUGGAAGACCUACCCUCUGUUUUUCGGCACUGCCAUCUUUGCCUUCGAGGGCAUCGGCGUGGUGCUGCCCCUUGAAAACAAAAUGAAGCACCCGCAGCAUUUCCCCGUGAUCCUCUACGUGGGGAUGGCCAUCGUCUCUGUCCUGUACGUCAGCCUGGGGGCCCUGGGCUACCUGCGGUUCGGAGCCAACAUCCAGGCCAGCAUCACCCUCAACCUGCCCAACUGCUGGAUGUACCAGUCUGUCAAGCUGCUCUACUCCUUUGGCAUCUUCUUCACCUACGCGCUGCAAUUCUAUGUCCCCGCCGAGAUCAUCGUCCCCUGUGCCAGAUCCCGUGUGCCGGAGCGCUGGGCGCUGGCGGUCGAUCUUCUCCUGCGGACGUUCCUUGUCUGCUUAACCUGUGUGCUGGCCAUCCUGAUCCCCCGCCUGGACAUCGUCAUCUCUCUGGUGGGCUCUGUGAGCAGCAGCGCGCUGGCCCUCAUCAUCCCGCCGCUCCUGGAGAUCUUCACGUACUUCCAGGAGGGCCUCCACCCUGUCACCGUCGCCAAGGACAUCCUCAUCAGCCUCAUCGGCUUCGUGGGCUUCGUGGUGGGGACCUACGAGGCGCUCGAGGCCCUGGUCACGACCCCUGCGUCCCCGUCCCCUGUGUCCAAUGCCACCGGUGCCUUGGUGCUGUGAUUUGAGCCGGCAGCACGGUGCAGGACAGGGGACGGGUCCCCGCUGCGGGAGCUGCCAUCGCCCUCCUUUUUGUAGACCUGUUUCUCCAGUGAAAGCAAGAUCCUGAUCCCAGUCCUGUUCCCCUCCCUUAGCUCGCAGUCCUUCUUGCAGGGUCUCCUUGCCUGGGCCCGGCGGGGUGCUGUUGAGCUGCCGUUGUCUCUUGGGCAGGGAGGCAGUGCCUUUUCUUUACACUUGAAGGGCCUUUUUCCUGGCACACCUGACACAUGCAAGUGCCAAAGGGGUCUUGUGUGAUGUGAUCCCAGACCCUUGAGCUGAGGGAGCAGGGGAAAAAAAGGCUAUGGACAAUCUCAAGGUUUUAGAUCCUGUCUCACAACCACGCUGCGCUCCCGACUUCCCAGGCCUCUUCUUCCCAGGAGCAAACAUUGGACAAUCUUUUUCUUAGGUGCCAGCUUUUUUCCCCUCCAGCCUGCCGGCUGACAGCAACAGAGAAGAGACCUCUUGGUCCCUGCUCCAUCCUUCUGGAGAAGGUGGAGGCUGCUGAGGCCUGGGGAGAAGAGUAGGGAUGCUACCCAAGGAGAGGGCAUGACUUGUGUUAGUGGACAGCCCCUGCCUCGCUACUGUUUGCUGUAGGCCAGCAGGCCUCGGCAGGCAAUGUGUCCCUUGAUUAAGGCCAAGGAGUCAAGCGUUUGGGCAUUAGUUGGCAUGGCUUGUCCAAUGCCAUGUGCACUUCUUCUGAGGCACUUCUCAUAGGAGACUCCUGCCUGUAUAGGGGAAGAUGCUGGGGUCUGUGGGGAGACCUGGGUAUAGCUGCUGCUUGGGCACUUUGUGUAAUGGUGACUGGCUUUUAGAAUAUAUUCUUGGAGGGGGGAGCUUUAUUGGAAGCACUGAGGCUUACAUGCUGUAGGUUGGGGUGGGGGUCUGGUGCUGGAUGUCUGAUCCAGUUGUCCGUCUCUUGAAGGGGGCAUGGUCUCUGCUCUUUCCAGGGAUGUCUGCAGCGUUUCCUUGGGGCUGGCUCUCUCUGGGGUACCCCUCAUUGCACUACACUGCUCUCUGCUGCUAGGGAACAACUGGUUUGCAGCUGUGCCGGCCUGGCUGCCUACCUCAUAGUAAGUUUUCAGUAGGUAUCUGGGACCACGAAUGAUGAAAGCAGGAGCGAAAGACACUAAACCAGGCCUGCGCUCUUCCUUCUCCUGUUUCUAGCUCCUGUUCUCUACCUAGUGUCAAGGGCUGUGGGUAGGAAGAACGCUUCUGCCCUAUCAGCUUAGUUUGAUCCAGGAGGAAGAGCUGUCUCUUGGCCUCUACCUUUGCAUGGUACCGCUAGACUCUUAAGAUUGCACUGAGCCCUUGCAAGCUGUCACAGCUGUCGUACCUCAGUAAGGCACGGUCCCCACGCUGUACUGCAGCCCCUGGUCACAACACGGUGUGGCUGACCCGGGAGUAGAAGUCGGUGAUUGUCGUUGAGCCGGGCGUGGGAAGUAUAAACUCCCCUUGUUCUGGCUAGCGGUCGGAGGAAGGAUAACUGUGUUCAGAACAAAGAGGGUUUUAAAGCAACCUGGUAGAAACAAAGCGGUUUCCCCACCCUUCGGCGCGCACAGCGAGCAAGGGCCGCUGCGUGAUGACUACAAUUCAGGUUCUUGCUGUCCUUGGCUAACUCCAGAGCUGAACUACCAGGGGAAGAGCGAGCAGAGUUUGCAAAUCUUGAGCUGACCUGGCUGAGACCAGUGCUGGCCAAAUCCCCAUUGAAUCUCGAGUUGAUGCUGCUGUCUUGGGAAUCGAAACCCAGAGCAGCUUAGCACAUGCCUCUGGUCCUGGCAGCCCCGGGAGAUUUGGGGCUGUGUCCAGAACCAGCCAAGGCCUCUGAGCUGUAGGUCUAGUGCAAUAAUGGUGAUAUAUUGGUGAAGGUGCAAUGGCGAGUGUAGCGUUAGGUUGGGACUGGAGUAGAGGGGCUGAGGGGAGAUGAAGUCAUGUUACUGUUGGGUAGUUAGCUGGAUGGAGUUUCACAGGCUUCUGCCCCUCUUUUUGGGCCCAGAAAAUGGGGUCCUACGUACUUGGUGCACAGGGCAUUAUGAGGGGACACGGCCUUCCUUGUACUGUAUGAAGAGGCCACUUGUUUUGCUUUUUGAACUUGUUCUUCAUCCUCCUGCAGCCAGGAGCAGCUUCUAGGCAGCCAUGCUGGGAAGCAGCUCUUGCCUGAGUCCCUCUGACCCCUCUCUCCUACUUGGUUAGCGAUGCAGAAACACUUAUAGGCAUGGGGGGAGGUUUGGGGAUGAUUUGGGUUGCUUUGUCUGCCCCGUUUCUCCAUCUGCGGCUGGGAUUCUCCUUGGGGAGACGAACUCCCUCUCUGCGAGAUGCUGCGUUCUUAGCUCCAGCUGGAGACGGAGCAGAGGACCACGUUGUUGUAUCUCUGCAGCUUCGGGGCUGGGCUGGGAACCUGCUGGUGCUUCCAGCCGCAGAGCAUCUUCUCAGAUGGCCCUCCUGACACUGGUUUCUAUCGGCUCCCAGCGCAGCUGAUAGAAGCGCUGCAAAGGUCCAUCUGGUACGAGAGCCCUGUUCUCUCCAAGCCUGGUAUUAGCUGCAAGUUGUUUUAGCACUUGUCAGGCCCCGUUCCCUUCUUCCCACAGAGGAGCUGCAGCACUCCCGGCUCUUCAGACUUGGAGCCGAGACCCACCGAGCAGCUCUUCACAUGCCGGGGAUGCAGCCUCCCUCCCUGUGGCCCCGUCGCUGCUGAGAAAUGAAGCACUUCUGGAGUACACGUCUGUUCCUAAAACCCUCCACAGCAAUGUGCUCAGGUCUCCUGGCUCCCUGCAAGCUCUUCAGGCCAGUCAUGUAGCAGCAGAGCUCUUGAAGCUGCAGGGAGCUUGCUUUUCCUCCCAUUUCCUUGCACCACUCAGGGGUCCAGCAGGCACGAAACAAACUGCAUCUGAACCCUCCUGGCGAGGGGUGUGCCAACCAAGCAGCUGACGGGAGUUCGGGAUAUUUAUUUAGUGCUAGUUGGACUCCUUUAAAGACCAAGGCCCUGAUGCAAGUUGCAAGUGAUGGCAUCCAAGUGAGAUCGAGGAAGCACUAGGCAGGAAGCUGGUCUUUGCAUGCCGUGUAGGGAAUGAGAGCAAUAUGCAAGGUGACUGCUGGGUGUGGGGUACUUGAGAAUCUCACCUGCCCGGUCUUUGAGGUCCAACUUCAGAGCUUGGCCUUGUCGUUUCGUAGCCGGGCUGAAAUUCGUUGUGGGCCUUCGAGAUCCUGGUGUGGGAAGAUGCCUGGUGGAAGGCUGGCAGUGACUUGAAGGCCUCUGCCUGCUGCCUUCCAGAACUGCCCACAAUCUCCGUGCUAGCUGGUGCACAAGGAUUUCCACUGUUGCUACCCGCAUCCAUCCCACAUGGCUCUUGGUAUCCACGCUGUCCUGACUAGCAACCCUGCUGCUGCAUGUGGGAUCUACUCCUUGCUGUUUAAAGAGGCACGUGUGAAAGACUGGGUGUUCUGCGUUGUUGCACAUGAUGUGAAGUCCUUUUCCCUUUCAAAAGCUAUUGCAAAGGGCAGCCCCAAGCUGUGCUGGUGCUGUUUGGGCUUGAGAUGUAGCUCCUUGACCACCCUGGCACAGAUCCUGACUCUGAAGGGCAUAGAUCGACUUGCUCCGUGAGCAUCAGCACUUUGCUGCCCGCUCAGAGAAGUGCAGGAUAAAUAAUGUCUCACCUCUACCAGCUGCCGUGGGCGGCAGGUUGUGAUGGGAGGGACAUUGCCGAGGGGGCCAUAACUACAGCUGGUCUUAUUUCACAGACCCCUCGUGCUGCUGAGAUGUGGGUCUUAUUUCUUCCCACUCUCUUUGCUGGAAAUAUUGUUUGGGUGCCGCAAGAAUGAGAAUGGGAAGGAAGGUUUUGCUGGGGAGAGCCCUUGUGACAUGCACAUCUAAUGCAAGUAGCUCCACUCCAAGGCAGGGAGUUCGUCUGGGUUUGGAGCACUUCACUUGGCCCGGCAGCUGGCCGGGCUCCUUGAAUGUAAUGCAUGCCAAAGCCCUCAGUUGAGCGAGGAGCUUGAUUCUCCCUAUCCCAACAGCAUUAAAGUGCUUAAAACAUAGGACUUGUUUACUGUAUUUAAAGGCCAGCCCAACCUUCCUUGUCCCAUUUCCCCCUCCCCUCCCUGGGAUGCAGUUCUCCAGGGAACGACUGCACAGUUGCAAAGUGGAGUUUUACCUGCUGUGGCCAAAGACCCUCGGCGCUGACCUCAGACCGGGUGAGCAGGGACACGUACCACUCCUGUAUUGCCAGUAGCCAAGGAAAACGUUGGUGUAUAUAGACACGGUUUGAUGUAUGUGCUUUUGUGCCUCUACAUAUAGCACUGUACAGUCUGCAUAGCCACCUGGUGAAAGAAGUUUUGUCUGUUUGGUGAAUCAUGUACUUGCAGUUAUUCCAGUCAAUAAAACAAGUUUUAUUUUGUAUUUUAU